AUGAAGACGGGCUUUGCUCUGUUAGCGGCGUGUGUGGCGCAUUCCAUCUCCUUCGUGGUCGCUGGCGGUCCCAAAUCUGGUGUGCCAAAUCCAUCGGGGGGACUGGAGGAAGCCGACGCUUAUCUCAAGGCGCACGACAGCAACAGUGGAGACAAGAAAAGCUAUGCGUUCGACAAGAUCACCCCCAGUACGGAUGAUGCGGGAGGCGAAACCCUCGGUGACUCGGUUGUUGCUGCUACCGAGACGGAUUUGACGGUCGCGGCGGAUCCGCUCGAAGUUGUGACGUUGUCUCCCGAGCUCAAGAAGAGGUCUGGUAUCGACAAGGGAGCGAUCGACACCGUCUCAAUCGGCACCGUCUCAAUCGGCACUGCGGGUAGCUUCUCAAGUUCUGGCGCAUCGACAGAUUUUCCGACCCACGACUAUUCCAAGGCCACGAAAGGUGGUGACACAAAAUGGACUCCAGAACCAGCCGGCGACUCGGAAGAGUCCGCUUCAUCUUCAGGCAGUGCUUAUGACGUACCACAGCCAACCCCCGCUGCUACAGUGAGGUCUCCAGAACCGGUUGACGACUCGGAAGAGUCUGCUUCAUCUUCAGGCAGUGCUUAUGACGUACCACCACCACCACCACCACCCCCCGCUGCUGCAUUGGAAUCUCCAGACCCGGCCGACGACUCGGAAGAGUUCGCUUCAUCUUCAGGCAGUGCUUAUGACGUACCACCACCACCACCGCCACCCCCCGUUGCUGAGUCGGAGUCUCCAGACCCGGCCGACGACUCGGAAGAGUCCUCUUCAUCUUCGGGCAGUGUUUAUGACGUGCCGCAACCAACACCCGCUCCCACAUUGAGUACUCCGACUCAGCCUCCAAAUCAACAGUCGAACAACCAGCAUCUGACUCAACCUACGCAGUGGGACAAACAGCCCAACAACCAGCAGCUGACUCAGCCUACACAGUGGGACAAAAAGCCCAUUAACCAGCAGCAAACUCAACCUACGCAGUGGGACAAGCAGCCCAGUAAUCAGCAGCCGACUCUAGCUUCGAAAAACGAGCACGACCAAUCGCUACAGUCUCAAGGACCUCAACCAGCACCGCCUAGCCAAUCUUCGCAUUGGCAAGGAGCUUGGAAUGCAAACCCACCGAGCAGUAGCCAGAAGCAGUGGGAGGGUGAAUGGGGAUCUGUUACUCAGAGUGAACCGGAGCCCACGCCUGCUCCAACAAGGACAAACGAUCCAAGUCAGACGUCGAGCAAGAAGUCUCCAGCCACCGGUGAAACCAUUGUCUUCGGAAGUGCACCCAGUCUUACUCCGUCUCCGUUGACACCGAAAUGCGUAGUCCGUCGCUUGAGACGCUGA